AUGCAAGGGCACCGAAAGGAUACUGGAAGUUACGACAAUUCGAACGCACGGCCCGCGGCUGAGCUUAAUCAGAACAUAACACAGGAGGAAAGGGAAGACUACGAAAAGAGGUUGGAAGAAGACAAGGGGAAGCAAAUACGCACGCCAUGGCACCGUGAAGGCAGUGAUACACCGCCAGUUGCGCGGCAGAGGAGUGCCGGGGCCAUGACUAAGGGCAAACUCCUCACGACUCCCUCCCGUAUGCUCAAGCUCGUCCUCCCACUUACCACCAAAGACACCAACACCGACCGGAAAGACCUCGAGCCCCUGGCCUUGCUCGUUCACCCCCAACAGCCGCUCUCCUACCUAGAACGUCUGAUCCAAGCCGAGCUACCUACCAUCAAGAAAGAUGGCAAUGAGCGCAUCCCAAAUGUCUACUUCCGUGCCGAAGACUCUAUGCAAGGCGAACUCGAAACCUCCAAGCCUGCCGAAACCCCCGUCCCCGAAGACCCCGAGGCUCUCGGGGAGCGGUCUGGCGAACAGGAUUUUGAAAAGGUGGAUGAGAUACGGAUUAACGGGAAAACGGAGCGGACGGGAAAACUUAACCGGAAGAGUCCCUCAGAAGCCAAGGCAUUGCGAGGUGGCCACGGCGAAGGCGGCGUGGAAUCCUACAGCGGACUCGGCCAUGAAGCACCAGCAAGUGAACAUGCGUCCCGCAAAUUCGUUCGCUGGUCUAGCUCAACGGAGAUUGGAGACUUCAUUCGCGACGCAGCUCGAGGGCAGGAAUUUGCAGUGGAAAUCGAGGGCGCGCCGAACGACAUCCGAGUUGGAGUUCCGAGCUUCAAUGACCGGACGUACUAUUUGAGGAUGCGACUGCGCAAGACGAGUAGGAAGAUUAGCUCUAUAGCUGAGAUUAAGAAGGAAUGCGAUCGUCUUGCGCAUAAGGGUGCGCAGAGAGUUGCUAUGGCGGGCUUUGGGGUGCUGUGUGGCUGGUGGUACUUAGUGUACCGCUUGACUUUCGAGACUGAUCUAGGCUGGGACGUUAUGGAGCCUGUUACGUACCUCGUUGGCCUCUCCACCCUAAUUGGGGGCUACGUUUGGUUCCUAUACCACAACCGCGAAGUAUCCUAUCGCUCCGCCAUGAACUUCACUAUCUCGCGUCGCCAGUCCAAACUCUACAAUGCCAAGGGUUUCGAUCUCCGCAAAUGGGAGUCGCUGGUUGAAGAAGGCAAUGCGUUAAGGAAAGAAAUUAAGGCUGUGGCUAAUGAGUAUGAUGUCGAAUGGGAUGAGAUGGCGGAUGAGAAGGAUGAGAAGGUUGCUGAGGCGUUGAAGAAGGAUCGCGAGAAGAAGAAUGGGGUGGGGAAGAAGGAGGAUGACAAGGGAGAGGAUGCGCCAGCUGCUGGCAAGGGCGAUGAUUAG